UGGAAAUUUGCCACUGAAGUUGAUAGAAACGGAAUGUAUUUAGUUGAAAUUGACCGUUCAUUCUGCACGUGCGAUAAGUGAAAGUAGGAUUAUGACGUAACGUAUUGAAGCGUUAUUAAUACAGUUAAUUAAUAUGGCAGAAUUUGGCACCCAGACUGACCCAGAUAUGGGAAGCGGUGCCUCUAGGGAUGGCGAGGAGCUGGUAGAUGACCAGUAUGUCACGCGGUCACAGACUGGCUCCGCCUCCGGACCACACUCCCCCCGUCCCAGGUCUGACAGAGGUCAGAUAUCCGGGUCAAGGUCAGGACUGAAGCAGGGGUCAAAGUCAAGCAUGUCAAGGAAUGUUGAGUCUAUGGAGAGAGUGGCCAUGGUCAGCAAUACUGACUGCUAUGUGUGUGAGCCUUCACAGGGAAUGGAGGAACCAAUAGUGGGCAUCACCAACAAUGGGUUCAAUGUGGCCGAUGUGAUCAUCAUGGAGGGACAGUCCGUCAUAUUUGUCUGGCAGCCCCAGACUGACGCUGUAGAUAUUGUACAGGUUAUACAUGAUGGAGAGAAACUUCGUCCAGUGAUUGGAGGAUUUUCAGGAAGUUUUGCGAAAACCAGCGGCCAGUACGAACAACAGUUCAACCUUGAGGGAGAAUACAAGUUUGCUCUAUCUGGUGUACGCUGUACACCUCUCCUGGUCACUGUGCGACGUCGUAUUGACCUGCUGGCGGACGUCACGGAUGACGGGUUCAUGCCCGACGUGAUCUACAUCGACCAGGGCCACAGCAUCAAGUGGCAGUGGAAGGACUGUGGCAGUCCCCACUCUGUACAGGAGGUCAAGUAUGACCUUGGUAAAGCCUGCUUCAAACGGGACUCAGAAUCCACAGGGAAUGUUAAAACAGUAUCAGGGAGUUACAGACAUAGUUUUCCGCGCCCUGGUCUGUACUACUUCAUGACAGAGAGUGUGGAGCUGGGCAAGCAUCACUACUGCAUUGUGCAUGUCAGGGAGUCACAGAGAGAGUUCCGUGUGGACAUCAUGGACCGGUCCUACCAGCCCAUGAUCCUGUUGAUAGAAGAGGGAGACCGGGUGUGGUGGCAUUGGGACAAAAUGAAGUGCAAGAAACACCACAGUGUAUAUGAGAUAGAGGCUCCCAGCCUACAGCACACAGAUGAGGAUCCAUACAUUCCUGUUAAAGAUGGAUUUCGAUGGACAACUCCUAGCAAGCAAGGUCUGCUGUCCCAUGUGUUCCUCAAGGCGGGCGUGUACUACUUCUCGGACCAGAACGCCCAAGAGGCCGCCGAGUACGUGGGAACCAUCAUUGUGAAGCCCAAACAGAAGGAACACUUUGUAGAGCUUACCACUAGUGGAUUCAACCCUGAUCUGGUGUACGCUCAAACUGGCGACCGUAUCUGGUGGACAUGGAAUGGGCAGGCGUGUGUGAACCAGCCUACGCCACAGCUGUUUGCUAUCAUAGAGUCUGAGGCUUGUCUCAACCCAACAUCACGCAAGAUGUCCGCUAAAGACACUGAAGACAUGUUCCAGUACCUUGACGGAGAGUCUCUGACCCUUUGUACCAAGGUCGGCCUUGCCACCACCCACUUCUCCACUAUAGGUGUCUACCAGUACCGUAUAGCAGACAGCCCUGCUGAGUUCAACACAUGUAGUGUGAUUGUUAACCCUGGACCUAAGAACCACACCAUCCACCUGACAGACAACGGGUUUGAGCCCAAGGUGAUCACUGUGCGCCCGAAUGACCGCGUCUGGUGGGUCUGGCAGGCAGGCAAGAAAACACACAACAUACUUCAGGUGUCCCAUCAGGGAGACCCCAUCGAGGGCGGGUUCUGUAGCGGUGCCCCCCGGGACGCCCCCUCCGCCUUUGUGAACCAGUUCAGCAGCCCCGGGGUUUUUUACUUUCUCAGCCACGCCCUGCCAAAGAUCUUUGGGGCAAUUGUCGUCUCGACACAACCUCAGGUUCACGAAGUGCACGUUGGCGUGGAGAUCAAACCCGACCCAGUAACCGUGAAGCUGAAUGACAUCGUCUGCUGGAUAUUCAAAAGCCUGCGCACGCAUGACGUCCUGCGCGUGGACAGCAUUGAUCAGGUGGUCAGUAAGGACCUCGGCGACACCUCUGUUCCUCCAAGACGGUGCAUGAGUCGAGCAAUAACAAUGACAGGAGUCCAACAUUUCUACAGCAAGUCAUUUACCAAGGGAAAAUCUGCUGAGAGUCAAAACUCUGUGUCCUGCUGUUGUGCUGUGAUGCAGCUAAUUAGAAGGGUAAAGUGA